AUUUAUAGGAAGGUAUGUAAUUAAUAACAGCGUACAUGACGGCGCAUGAAACUUUUAUUUGUGGUGAUUAGCUGUUGCCCCAGCGACCGCCCAAAGCGAAGGCUGUAUUUUGACCAGAGUUCAGUCCACGUGAGGUGACGCGGGCGGAGAACGUUUGACUUCGCCGUUUCAUUCGACACCCUGAAAUUACCCAUUAAUAAAAAAAACAUACUAUUUGUUGGAGAUAUUUUUGUCCGCUUUUUAAUAUUAAAUCGUCAACAUUACAUUUAUUUGUUCGUGUUGAUUAUACAGUGCACUGUUUACUUUUCUGUUAACUUUUUAAGUGUAGGGAAUAUUUGAAGUAAUAUAAGCAGUUAAGCACAGUAGAGCUGGGCCGUCAUUGUGCUUGGAUGCGUGUGAGUAAAAGAAGUGAUGCCAUGACUCAGAGCACCGUGGCUGCCUCAGAGAGAUCGCAUGGCAGCAUCCGCACCGUCUCCGAAGAGAAACUUAUGGUGGCGGUGCGCGUGCGUCCGCAGCGACCAGAUGAAGGUCCCCGGAUCGUGCAUGUGGUCAGCGAUAAGAUGCUGGUGUUGGAGGAGGAGGCGGACAGUCGUCGAGAUGUGCUACGUCAGCGGCGCCUUAACGACAAACAUUACGUCUAUGACCGAGUCUUCGGCGAAGGCAGCACACAAGAAGACGUAUAUGAUGCUGUAUGUGCCCCGCUGGUGGGUGAUACGUUAAAGGGGUUUGCCGGUGCUGUCUUCGCAUACGGAGCCACUGGAGCUGGCAAGACAUAUACCAUGACUGGCCUGAUGUCCCGGGCUCUCAGUCAUCUGUUCGCCAGCAUCGCCGAGAGCGAACACCCAGAGUCUUAUGAGGUGAAAAUGUCGUACAUUGAGAUUUACAACGAGAUUAUAAGAGAUCUACUGAAUCCAAGCGCCGGGCCCCUGGAACUUAGAGAUGAGGGCGGCAGCGGUGCCCCUGUGGUGGCGGGCUUAAGUGAGCUGAAGGCUAACAGCGCUGCUCACGUAGCUGAGCUACUUGCGAGGGGAGACCGAUCACGCACUGCAGAGCCCACACAUGCCAACCAACAUUCUUCCAGAGGACAUGCUCUUCUCAGUGUGACUGUCAGUCAGCAAGUGGAAAAGGGAACACAGCGUGGCCGUCUUUUCCUAAUCGAUUUGGCGGGAUCGGAGCGAGCCGGUUUACGUGCGCGACGACUAGAGGGCGCACACAUCAAUCGAUCACUUUUAGCACUGGGGAACUGCAUCAUGGCUCUUUCGGGUGGUGCAAGGUAUGUAAACUACCGUGACUCGAAGUUGACACGCCUUCUCCGUGAAGUACUGGGAGGGCGCUGCCGUACCGCCAUGGUGGCUCACGUAGCACCGGGCGCAGCUCACCGCGACACCACACGGUCUACCCUACACUACGCACAGAAAGCAUCUUCUAUCACCAAUAAGGUGGAACGUGAAUUGGUAGAAACACCGAUGCCUCUGUCGCAGUACCGGUCAGUCAUCAACGAGCUGCGCGAGGAAAUCGCUCGACUGAAACUUAAGAUGAAGGACGAUAGAACAAUUAAACCAGAAAUCGCCAGAGUCCAAGAAGAAGAGAUUAGCAAAGAAGAUGCAGCGGAAAACGCAGCGCACCUAAAGUCAUUACGGGAAGCCAUUGUGUCCACAUUCAAACAACAAAUGCGCUUACGAAGAAGGUUGAUGGAGCUUGAUAGUCACCUGCUGGGGUUAGCGUUGGAUGCAGAACGGCAACACGCUGCCAUCUCGCAUUGGGAGGCGAGGUUCAACCGCCUCUACAAACCUAUCAACGUGCCUGGCUCGAGAUUAAGCACCCAACAGAGUUACAGCAGCGAGCGAGCUGAAGCGGAGGUUGCAGUGGAACAGGCGUGGGCUGAACUAGCUGCCGUCGAGAGGGAACAGGAGUCAGUGCGCACUGAAAGGGAGCGGGUUGAACGACAACUGGAACAAGUCCGCUUGAGAGGAGCGCAAUUGGAACAGGAAUUACCAGCUACAAUAAGCAGUGGGCCAGAACGAGAAGUGUUAGCUUUAGUAUGUCGUGUGCACGAACUGGAAGCUGACAAGUUAGCUCUGCAAGGAGAGCGAGCUGCAAGAGCCCAUGAACUGCGAAGACGAGACCUGGCAUUACAGCGACGAGACGCACAAAGGAGAUUAUCUGAUGAGAUUAUCACGAGACAGAGGCGGGCAUUGCAAGAUGUGGGUGUCGGUGUGUCGCCUGAGCUGGCCCAGCUGUACGAGCUGUAUCAACAAGAGAUCCACGCGUCCACUUACGCAGAGAGCAAUGAUAUAUUCACUCCUCCUUACCGCUUACCACCUAUCUCCACCAGUAUGUCUGAGCUGACAUGGUCGGAGAGUUCGAGUGGGUCGGGGCGAGGGUCGAGUUCAGGCUCCGGCGGUACGCUGAUGUACGACUACCGUCUGCCACGACUCGCACCCACACCGAGACCGAGGACCAGAUACAGUCAAGCGAGUGCAUCAGCUUUGAAGCGCUAUGCGAGUGAUGAGAGCCUGGUGACGGCAGUACAUCGUGGAGACGACGAGCCAGCACCCUGAAUUCCUCUCCAGCUUACAACUUGGUCUAAUUUCGUGUGAUCUCAGCGAUCUUUCGCCAGAUAUU